AUGAAAAUCAUCACACAAAAUUGCAGGGGACUGAAUCUCCCAGAACGCAGAACUAAUCUCUUGAGGGACCUUCAGAGAGAGAGGGUUGCAGUCGCUCUUCUCCAGGAAACUCACUUUCGGGAGGGAGCGGCCCCGGCACUCAAAAACAAACAAUACCCCACUAAUUACUUCAGCAACCACCCCACAGCGAAAAAGGCAGGGGUCGCGAUCCUUAUAGCAGCUCGUCUACAAUUCCAGGAACAGGAUCACCUUAUAGACCACAACGGCAGAUACGCCUUCGUAAAGGGGAAUAUCGCAGGGCGAUGCUACACGUUCGCGACAAUCUACGUCCCCAAUAAUAAUCAAUCUAGAUUCCUUAAGAACACACUAAAGGCACUAACAGACUUCACGGAAGGAACCGUGGUCACGGGAGGAGACUUCAAUGUCACACUAGAUCCUAAAGUAGACUCCUCAACGGGACACAGCAGCAUUCCACAGAGAGAAAUAAGAACCAUAAACCAUACUCUGAAAACACUGCGCCUGGUAGACUGUUGGCGAACGCUAAACCCAUUAGACAGAGAAUACACCCACUAUUCCAUAAUACACAAAAGAUACUCCAGGAUAGACUUCCUAUUAUUGCAACAAGAAGCACUAAUAAGACUUAGGAGAGCAUCCAUACACACUGCAAUGUGGUCGGAUCACGGACAAGUGUCGAUAGACCUCGAAUCUCCACUCAUAAGACCGACGAAAACGACGUGGAGACUCAACGACUCCCUCUUAACCGACCUCCCACUAAGGGCCCAAGUCACCGACACUCUACAGACAUAUUUUACCGAGAAUGAGACGGGAGACGUAUCAGAUAUGACAAUAUGGGAGGCACACAAAAGUGUACUCCGGGGCAAGCUCAUCCAAAUCGCGUCACAACGGAAAAAAGAGGCGGGCACACUUAUGUCAACCAUCCUGGACCGGAUCCACUCCCUGGAAACACAACACAAACGCCAACAGGUGGAAGAUACCUACAGGGAACUAUUAGAGGAAAGAAGGAGACUACACGCACUACUACUCAAGAGACACCUGAGACAACUCCGCAGAUCUAAAGGUUUCUUCUACCUCCACGCAAACAAAGGAGGCAAACUCCUCGCACACAUGCUCAGGGGACAACAACACCCCUCACAAGUCCACAAAUUAAAAACAAGCAACGGCACUACUACCCAAAACCCGGAGAAAAUCGCCAAGGAAUUCUUCACUUACUACUCCUCACUUUACAGUACACACUCACAAAGCGACGAAGAAGGCAAGCGAAUCAAACAAGGUCACAUGGAAUGUGACAAAUACUUCUCACAGAUAAAAGUAUACGACGGAAUACAAAUCUCAAACCCAACGCCUUGCAAUUCAUUGAAUUCGCAGACACACACACCCACAUAG